AUGGCUUGGGGCGAGUUCAACCUCCUGCGGUGGCUCCGGGAGAGCCGGCAGUCCAGGAAACUCAUCCUGCUGAUCGUGUUCAUCGCUUUGCUGCUGGACAACAUGCUGCUCACGGUCGUCGUGCCAAUAAUUCCCAGUUACCUUUACAGCAUGAGACAUGAGAAAAAUGCCACAGAAAUCCAGACUCCUAAGCCUAACGUAGUCUCAACAAUGACGGACAAUUUUCAGAGCAUCUUCUCCUACUAUGACAACUCAACAAUAGUUACUGGAAAUGAAUCUGAUAAGGCACAACCCGGAGACUUGCAUCAUACUCAGACAGAACAAAUGAUAGUAAAUGUGACUCCUUCCCCAUCCGACUGCCCUAAGGAAGAUAAGGACCUGCUGAAUGAGAAUGUUCAAGUCGGUCUGUUGUUUGCUUCCAAAGCAACAGUGCAGCUGAUCACUAACCCCUUCAUAGGGCCGCUGACAAACAGAAUAGGCUACCAGAUUCCACUGUUUGCUGGCUUCUGCAUCAUGUUUGUGUCAACAAUCAUGUUUGCUUUCUCUGGAAGCUAUGCAUUACUGUUUAUUGCCAGGUCCCUUCAAGGAGUGGGUUCCUCUUGUUCUUCAGUGGCAGGGAUGGGUAUGCUGGCCAGUGUGUACACAGAUGAUGAAGAGAGAGGCAACGCAAUGGGAAUUGCACUAGGAGGCCUUGCUAUGGGAGUAUUAGUGGGUCCACCUUUUGGGAGUGUCAUGUACGAGUUUGUGGGGAAGAGUUCUCCUUUCCUAGUGCUGGCAGCACUGGCUCUGCUGGAUGGAGCUGUUCAAUUAUUUAUUCUGCAGCCAUCCAGAGCACAAGCAGAAAGUCAGAAGGGGACACCAUUGCUGACACUGCUGAAGGACCCAUAUAUCAUUAUUGCAGCAGGAUCUAUCUGCUUUGCAAACAUGGGUAUUGCUAUGCUUGAACCAGCUCUGCCCAUCUGGAUGAUGGAGACAAUGUGUUCACAAAAAUGGCAGCUUGGCGUCGCUUUUAUUCCAGCUAGUAUCUCUUAUCUCAUUGGGACUAAUCUUUUUGGGAUACUUGCACACAAAAUAGGAAGGUGGCUCUGUGCUUUACUCGGGAUGCUAAUCGUGGGAAUAAGUAUUUUAUGCGUACCAUUUGCUAAAAACAUUUAUGGGCUCAUCGCACCAAAUUUUGGAGUUGGAUUUGCCAUUGGAAUGGUGGACUCCUCCAUGAUGCCAAUUAUGGGCUACCUGGUAGAUCUGCGCCACGUGUCGGUCUACGGCAGCGUGUACGCAAUAGCUGAUGUUGCCUUCUGCAUGGGCUUUGCCAUAGGUCCUUCUGCUGGUGGUGCCAUUGCAAAGGCCAUUGGAUUCCCAUGGCUCAUGACAAUUAUAGGGAUUGUGGAUAUUCUCUUCGCUCCCCUCUGCUUCUUCCUUCGAAGCCCACCUGCCAAAGAGGAGAAAAUGGCAAUACUCAUGGAUCACAACUGUCCUGUGAAAACCAAAAUGUACACCCAGAACAACAUCCAGUCCUACCCCAUAGGUGAUGAAGAAGAGUAUGAAAGUGAAUAA